CCCACACAGCAGAGCGGUGACUCUACUGACGUAAACGUAAAUAUGACAGAAGCCAGCAGAAGAAGAGGAGCGUGACAGGGCAGCUGCUGCUCUUGCCUGUGCGCCUUUACUUGGUGCUUACCUAAGAAAAACCUUUGAACUAAGGCUUAUUUUGAAAAGGUUUAGGACGACUUCGCAUUAUUUUAUGCAGAGGAAAAGUACUGGCUCUGUUACACUGUAGGGCCUAUGAUUAGUCCUGUGAUUAAACAUUUGUGUCAUGAUGGGAGCGGGCUCUUUCCACUGAGCCUCAAUAUAUAAGACUUGGAAUGACAGAGGAAUAUCUAUCUGCACCAGAAACUUGGACACGCAGUGACAAGGAACACUGAAGCUGGUGGUCCCGCAAGUUACUGUGGGUUUUGUUUUCUGUACCCAGUCUGUAACUGGGUUUGUAGAUGUGUCGUCUUCGAUGGUAAAGAAUCCCCCAAAAUUCCUGAGACCCACCUCUGGAAACUUUUUUUCAUGUAAAUCCAUCCUUAAUGUUACAAGUAAUCCUGCAAAUUAAAAAAUAUGUCCUUUCUUAUUAUAGAGAAAUUUGAAUGUACUUGUGUGCCAUGAGACAUUUUGAGUUUUCAUCAUCAGCAUCGUUUUGAUGUUUGAAUCCAAAUAGUUUCAAAGAUGGAGGGCAAAGUAGUAGGGCAACCCCUCACCACACACACACACACGUAGCUAGGGGUGUUUGACUUUGCCAGAUGUGACAGUAAAAAAGCAAAAAUAAAAAUACUUAAGUCCAUCAAAGGCAGGACCACUUGGACACCGCUCGAGUGAAACUGUGAACUUAAUCGGGGCCUGAGCAGUUCCUUUCACACCCAUAUGCUGCAUUAAUCUAGUAUAAGCACUGAUAAACGAGAGACACAAACCACAAUUACACAGAUAGAAACAUGAUGACAAGUCAAUACUCUUCCCCUCACUGCAUUUAUCAAAGCAUUUGUCACAUACUGUUUAAAUAUAAACGUGUGUGUGACCCUGCAGAUGGCCAUAUGUCACUAACAAAACACGCUGAAGACAAAGUGAAGGAAAGGUGAUGGGAACUUUGCAGAUUCAAUCAAAGCCUGAACUUUAUGGUAGUUAUAACAGCAUUAGAAAAAACAAACAAACAGGGAAAUGAUUACUGAGGUGAAAGCAUGGGGCUUCACUGAUAAAUACCACUUCUCACAGGGCAAAAUGCCUUUUACGUAUUAAGAAAAGCUCUGACAUUUACAGAAGUCUGUUUUCAAAGUUUGUUCUGGAUCUUGGUGUGAUUUAUUUCAUAAAGCUUAUGUUAAUGUGCCAAAUUGUGCUUUUCUAAAUAAAGUAGGAUAUAAAUAGUCCUGUGCUAAUCAAUGUUUAUCAUGCAGCGUGUCCCUUAUUAUGAAAGGGAAGUGUGUGUAGGGACUCAAGAACCAAACAACUCUUUCUGCUUCUCAUCUAGAACAACAGCGCCACCCCAAGGCAGAAAAGGGACAGUGUUUAGACAUUUUUGCAACCCAAGCCAAACAUUGUGUGCAGAAAAGAUGAACGGAUGAGUAAAUAAGCAGAGAGAUGGAAACUAAUUUGAAUGAGAGAAAUUAUUUAUUUUUAUUUAAAAGUGAAUAUCAAAUUGAAUCACUGAUUUGAACGCUUAACAUGCAACACACAACUGCUCCUCAUUUUCAAGUCAUACAAAGCAUACCCUGAAACGAAAUGAGGAAGCCUGCUAGACAAAACAUAGUAUUCUAGUUACGAAAAUACCACACCCCACCGACAACUUGCCAUUUACAAUAAAGCGCCACUUCGACAAGGAAGACACUGCAGAGAAGCAGCGUGUCAUGCCUGCUGUUAAAUCCACCGUUUCUACUCUACCCUCAGAAUACUUCACAUGGGGCAGUGUCAUCUGAUGCCUGCAGCCUUUUAUUGAAACAUCUCAGAGGACCUGUUAUUGGUAUGUAUCAUGAAGCCAAACGCAUCUCUGUGCAAUGUUGUGUUAGUCAAGUGCACUUAAUUUGUUAAAUGUUACAUUUUAUCAGAAAGAAAGAAAGAAAGAAAGAAAGAAAGAAAGAAAGAAAGAAAGAAAGAAAGAAAGAAAGAAAGAAAGAAAGAAAGAAAGAAAGGCUGACAAUUUUGCUGCUUUUCCAACAACUUGUACUGAGAAGUGCAAGCUGGACAUUCAAGUUAAGACUGGAGAGCAUCAUCAUCAUCUCCUCACCGAUCAAAUGUUAAACCUACAGGAAACUGUCAUCUCUGUGACCUACUUAAUAAACUUCUUUAAAUACUUUAUGGUGUUUUACACAGGAGCAUAUCAGUUUCUCCAGUCAUCCCUGUAAAACAUGCAUUAAAAUGUGUCUAUUUUACAAGCCUGACACUUCGGUAUUGCCCAUUCUCUAAGCAUACAACUCUGAUAUAAGACGACAAAUUUAGUUAGACUGCUUGCAAAGCUCAGGUUAACCCUUAAAAGCCUGAACUGUAAAAUAAUUGACAGAAAAUUCAAAGUUUUUGUUUUUGAAAAUGGAGUGUUUGUUUAACCUCCUGACAAUUAAGAAAAAAUGUUAUUCAAAAUUAAUUUGCAUGUUUUAGUUUUAAUUUGUAUAAUAUUUGCUACAUCUACGCACAGCAGAACUGUAGAAGAGUAAGUUAAACUAUGCAACUAAAGAAAGUACAUGUUGGUUUGAGGAGUUCUGCACCCACAGACACCAGUGCACUGACAAGCCAUGCACAUAACACAUAAGAGGUUAGCUUCUCACCCAGAAAAAAAACAAAACUAAAACAAUAACAUGCUAGCCUGCAGUGGGUUACUAAGAUAUCAUGAACUGUCAUGAUCCCACACCUCUCACACUCGGACACAUGCUGUGCCUGAGUUAUGCUCUCAGCUGGAAACCUUAAACUCUUUUUAACCCUGUGCUGCAGCCUUCAGAGCGGUUCGGGCUGUGCCCACCGUACGUUCAGUUGCACGUCACGUUACGGUGUACGGUUAAGAAGGGUUUCUGGUCAAGUCUAUAUUUAUAACAUCUGACUAUCUGAGCUGCUGAUUUUGGAGCUUUGUCACUGAAUAGACUCAAAGUUCCUCAUAGACAUUCUGAAGUAAUGAUCAAGUCUGAUUUUGCUAAAAAUUAAGUAAAUAAAAAUGUUUUGACAGUUCAGGAAGCCUUGAUGUCAACAAGAUUUAAAAGCCAGCUUCUGUGUUCUAGAUCAAAUGGAGGGCACGUUUCCAUCAGAAAACACUUCGUCCACCACCUGUAACUUCUCCCUCUGCCCGACUGCUGCAACGUUAUAUUUCCUUCCCUCCGUCUAUGCGCUCCUCUUCCUCACCGCCCUCCCAGGGAAUGCACUCGCUCUCUGGGUGUUCCUGCGGUGCAUCUCCAGCUUCUCCCCCAUCCACAUGUAUCUGUGCCACCUGAGUAUAUCCAAUGUGUUGUUGUCCAUCACCACGCCCUUCCUCGCAGCCUACUAUGCCGAAGGCUUGGUCUGGGGUCUGAAUGAUGUCCUGUGUCAGCUCGUCCUGCACGGCAUUACCCCGGUGCUCCACGUUAACAUCUAUAUAAGCUUAAUGAUGCUCACUUGGGUGGCCCUCAGCCGCUUUGCGUCCCUAAUCCAGAACACCCACGCCUCAAGGCCCAGCGCCUGCACCACCCUGCUGCCACACGCCUUCUUCGCUAGCCUCAAAAAAGUGUCCUUCGCCAACGUCGUGUGCAUCACGGUGUGGCUAAUGUCAGUGGGGAGCAUAGUGCCAGUGACUGCUUAUUACGCAGUGCACGAGGCUAUGAACCAAACCACCAAAAGUGACAAAUCAGGACGUGGGAAGGUGUGCUACAGCCCUGCUGUGGAACUCGGAGGCAGUCUGUCUCAAACUGCCACUGUGGUCAUUACAGCCUUCUUCUUUGUUAUGUACCUGCUGGUGCUGCUGUCCUACGUCACGGUGCUGAGGCAUAUCCGGCGCUCACGUCGCAACACACCAGUCACAACCUCCCAGAGACUGCUGAGCAGGGUGUUCCGAAACAUUGUGGUCAUCCAGGUCAUUCUUUCUGUUUGCCUGCUGCCGCACCAUAUCUUCAAACCCAUCUUCUUUUCUCUGGUCCAUGAAACUCCCCUUCAAUGUUCCCCCACCAAAGAAACUUCCAGCUGCCACCCAUUCUCCGGCAUUAUCGAGCUGAAGAACUGCCUGUUUCUUCUUGCUGCACUGAGAAGCUCAACUGACCCCAUCAUGUACUUUGUGCUGGACAGGACAUUCCGCAAUGAAACCCUCAACAUUUUAAGGUGGAACCAGAAAAACUCCACAACACUGCAGGUGUUCUGCUCAGGUACAGGAAGUGCCACUCCGAAGUCCGAACAGCAGAAGGAGGAAACCGCAGUUUGUGGCACUGUGGAGUGCAGUCAUGCAAGUGUUAUAUAGUUAAUAAUACUCAUCUUUUGACUGCAUGGGAAAGCAAACGUACUCAAGUUUCUACUUACAAAGCAGCUCAUGAAAAAACUCGAGCAGUGAGUAGGAGAAAGGUAGUGGCACAACACUUCCCUUUUCACAAGUCUGUAUCAUUACUACAACCCAAAGCAAGAAGUUCUUGGUCAGUUUGAGUAACAUGGUCAGUUUCAACCAAAUACACCAGGACUGUAUUCACAGUCUAAAUUUCUCUCUCGUGCAGCUUUAAUCCAAGUUUUCAUUUAAAUGAUGUCCUCGUUAUGUCUGAGAGUAUCUUAUUACUUCACAAAGAAAUCAGCAUAUCAGACACACGCUGACCAAACGUUAACAGUUAAAGCUCAAUGUCCUCUGUGCAGUGAUCUUUUAAUAUCAGCACUCGCCACUGGCCACACGUGCUCUGUCCUGCUGUGCUUCAGCCAUCGCUCGGCUGUGAGACUGCAGGACUGCACUAAGAUAACAGAGCACCAAGAACAUGUCAGACCGUCACUCCCUGAAAACUUAAAAUGUAGAAAUGUUUUUUAAAAAGUUAAGACUUUAAAAGAACUGCACACAUACACACACACAUUAGUUCAACCUGAGGAAUAAACUAAAAGAAAUUCCAAAUUUCAUUUUCCUGUAUUAUCAGGUUGGACCACCUGUGACAAUGGAGCAGCCUAAAGUAGCUUUCAGUUGAAUAUGGAUACUUUGGUUGUGGUGUUACUGUUGUUUGUGAAGCUCUGUGAAUUACACUCCUUUGCUUUGUGAUAUCCUUACUUGUGUUUAUUUGAAAAGAAGUCUCAGUAUAUUGAAGUUAAAGUACUCUGUGCCUCCAGCUGCAUUCUUUCUCUCCCUCUCUGUCUGUAACCGCUUCUACACAUUCACACUCUGGUCCUACUUACAUUUCGCUACUGUUGCAAAGUUAUUUUUAUAUCAUGCAAUAAAUAUGUGUAUGUUCUGUUUCACUUUGUGCUCUGUCUGUUUCUAUAUACUCACAGCAUUUUCUCAGUCCCAUUCAACAUACCACACAAUCACACAGUGCUUAUAUUUAUAGCUAACGUUCACACACUCACUCAGAUAAAUACAUUAGGGGUAAAAUAUGUGUUUCUUGGAGGAAGCCCCACGCUCCCUCAAUCCUUAAGUGAAACCUACACUGGGACGGCAUGUGUCGCCACAUGGGGAUCAAACCACCGACCUUGCAGUUGCAGUUCACUUGAGGACUGAGCGAGCGUGGGACUUCCUCCCGAGAAAUUUUUAAUUGUCUGACACUUAUAUCUCUGCAUCCUGGUAAAACUGCUACCGUUUUCUAUAUCAGUGUACGGUGGAACUGCAUUGAUUGCGACAUAAAAAAGAAAAAGUCACCAGGCAACAGUUCGGUAUGCGCAGCGAGGCUCUGACAAUUCAGUGUUAAUUCAGUUUCAGUAAAACUUUGAUGUCUUGUGUUUAGGGAAGUUGCUUUUUUAAAUGUGCAUUUAAGGUAACAACAAAUAGAUUUGUGCUUGUCUGCCCCUGGAGUUUACCAGCCCAGGUGCAUCUAAGCAAGAUUUCUGCUCAAACAUUCUGGACGUUUAAAUCUUUGUGUUUUAGAGGACCAUUAGGAAUCAUGGUUUUUUCAACUUAUUGAGGCUGACUGCAAAAAAAGAAGCCAAGAAACAUCUAAGAUUAGUCAGUCAAGAGCUUAGAAACAACACUUCUAAACCUGAAGUACAGCUUAGUUUUUAAAUUCUUGACAAACACCUCUGACUGUUCUACGGUCAAGAAAACAUUUAAAAAAAAAAAAGGAAAAAAAAAAAGGAAAAUCCAUACAGAAAUACUGCAGCUAAAAGUAGGUUUUUACUUUUGAAUCAACUCCUUAUUUUUCUGUUGUUGCUACUAUUUCUAUAUCUGAGAUUCAUCUCAAACCUUAAAGCUCCUACCCACAGUUGUAUUGCUUUGGCCUUCUGGAGGCCUCUGCUGUAUUCCUCUCCACACAUUUCAUUUGUCUGCUCUGUUAUUUAUUCUGAUGUUUCAGGUUUCUUUAACUUUGACGUCAAUAACUGUUUACAUUAUGUAAAUACAGCACUUUUGCUAUUUGCCAUUUACUUAUUUCUGUUUGAUACCACAAACUUUGGAAUUGAUCUAAUACUAAGUAAAGCUUAUAUAGGGGAGAGCAGCGUGUCAUGACUUAUGAUAAUAAUUUGCUAAUUCUGAACACUGUGAUUUUCACUUUCCAUAAAAAUUAACUAAUAAUAAUUAGUUAAUACAGCAAAACCCACCAUUAAGCUUUUCAUGUAUUGUGAAAAAGGCUUUUUUGGAGACCUGGAAUGUAAAUGUGCCCGUCUCUAAAGCACAGGCCAGGUCAGCUUCUGCUGUUUAAAUGUGCUACUGACUAUGAAUAAAACAGACUUAACAGUCAAAACAGAAAGACUCAGAUAUUUUUCAUAGUUUAUUUUUGAGGUAUAUUAUAUAAUAAAAAAUGUAUAUGAUAAAUCAAAUAAAGGUUUUAAAGGUAGUACAGUAGAUAGUAUUUCAUUGCAACAAAGAAAUAUCCUUUCAGGUGUAAACUGAAAGUACAAGUCAUUACAAAUACAAAUUACUUAAUAGUGGUAAAAUGGUAAAAUCACUCUUCUCUCUUUCUGAUUCACAUGCUGUGACGUGACAUCAUGGUGUUGCACUCGUGCAUGCAUGAAAAUGUCUGUAGUGAGGUCCUCAUGUGCAACAACAAGCGAUCAGUGUUUGAUGCCUGUAUGAAAAGUCUUUUUCAGUAUUUGUGUGUUCAUUGAUUCUGAGGGUUUAGAGUGUGCACUGUUGUUUGUGCUGACGUUGUGUGAGAGUGUGUUGAGGGAAUUUUCAAGAAGACAAUGUUCUGUGAAGUGUGGCUCCUGCAGAUGUGUAUCCCCUGGCCCCCAGGGGCCGCAGUAGCUAUUCAGACUGAAGCAGGCAGCAGAGAGUAUCAGAUACCCUCCAGUGUGCUCUCCCCCAAAUACUCACUCACAGACAGACAGGCACAGGCCAGAGGAAAAAAAUAAAUAAGUAAAUAAAUCAACGCCAAAGAAACAUAGCCAGGAGAGAAGGAAUUCACAGUGAGUCGGGGGUGGUUGGAAGAAGAGGAAAAUAACAAGUGGAGAUGUGCUAAGCUCAGCUGCAGGCCAUUUUUGGAGCUUUUUGCUAGCUGGAAAAUAAGUGAAGGUUUUCAUGUAACUGGUGACUACACCUGCUGAGAUAUCGCUUUUGAAUUGUUAAAUACUUUCUUCUACUUUACAGCUGGACACCUCACACAUCUUAUUUAAGCUUGCAAAGGCACAUUAGUGCUAACUGGGGUCUUUCACAUCUCUAAAACUCUAUAAGGGGAAACAGACAGAGAAGUAGCAGAAAACAAAAGCAAAACAACCCAGUGUGGUUUAAAUAUAGCAUGAACAGGAAUUCUUGUUCUUGUUAGGUUAAAAGUGUUGUGUUGAGGAAGGCCUUCACACUGCAAAAAUUCUAAAUCUUAACAUUUCAGUGAGAUAGAUGAACUUUUAGGACAGUGCAUCUUGGAUCUGGAGAAUUUUCACUUGCUCAAUUGGCAGAUUUUUCUUUCACUUAUUUCAAGCAAAAAUAUCUUUUAGUAAGUGAAAAAAAUGUGCCAAUGGAACAAAUGAAAAUUCUCCAUAUCCAAGAUGCACUGUCUAAAACAAGUUCAAACAUCUCACUGAAAUGUUACUCUGUAGCUGAUUGUGUCUUAUUUUAAGUGUCAUAAGAUUUUUUUUGGACUAGAAAUUAGACAAAUGUACUUGGUAAGAUUUUGAAUUUUUGCCAUGCAUAAAAGAUGCACUCAGCCCGUUACUAACAGUACCACCCAGCCUUACAUAUUCCUGUUUUGUCGCUCAUACUUGGGACAUUCACAACAUUGAAUUUUAAGAGAUUUCCCAUUUCAAUUACCUUUAAGGCACACACACUAACAUUAGCCGUUUAACUAGUAGCAAUUACAUGAUAGCCACAUUAGCUGUAGUGGCUCGCAGACUAUAGUUAGAAAAAAUGAGCAAUUAUUGCAGGCUAUAUGGGACAGAAGUCGUAUGGCAGACGUGUAAACUUGUAAACUUUAGCCAACCUCUGUAAUAAAACACAUUCCAUGAUGACAUAACAUGAUGGUCAGGACUUGUGGUCUGGUGUAAUAUUAUGGCUGGAGGUUAUUUCCGUUUUCCUGUGUAUUCGUUUGUGUUUGUUAUCAAUUAACAGUUGAAAUAUAUUAGCAAGAAGGGGAGCUGAAAUAAAUGAAGUCACACUUACUUACCCCCAUUAACCCGUGGCAGCCCACUGAUUGCCAAUGUUAUUCACAUCACUCUCCCAAUCAUUCAGCUUCAUUAGAAACGCCAGAGGUUUGCAUUAGGGAGUAUCAACAAAAGACCUCUGCGUGUUUUGCAUCUGUAUACACUUUCUGUUUACACAAGGGUGUGUGCAUUGUUUGUGGGUCUCCUCAGACAUUGUAUUAUUUCCUGUGGUUUUCCUCUGCUGCUGCUGAGGACUGUGACUGUGGUUUCUUAUGCCUUUUGUGGGGCUCAUGCAACAUGCACUCGGACACAAAAGUGCAUUACUGCCAGCAGCUUCAGGAGGUUUUCUGCUGCUAAUGUCUGAAAAGUUGCGAGCUGUAGUAAAGAUUGCAGGGGUUUGUUUUAUUUAGGGGUUUUUUUGCAAGUCUUUAGGUUUUCGAAUGCGCACCUCAUACAGGAAUUGCAUGAAACAGUCAAAGUUCAAAUGAAGCAGCUCCUAUGUACUUCCAUUAAUACAACACCUGAUGUUCCUUACAUUUUAAUCAGCUGUAAGGCUUAACAUAAGGUGAACUUUGCAAACUAGCAGCAACCUGCAAUCGUUUUAUUGUUGCACUAAUUUUUAAUUUCUGCUGUUACUCAAUUUGUGUCUAUGCAUGUGAGAGGACGAAGGGACAGGGGAAAGAGAAAAAUAUUUUAUUCCUGGUUGACUACACAAUAUUGGACUGAUUCCCACUUUGAAGUUGAAGGAAACCAGCGUUGUUUUUAUACAUAUAUAUGGACUUGUUGAUUUAACUGAUCUCCCAGCACGUUUCACAGGGUAGGGGAAACUAAAGUCAUCUCUGUUUAGAUUAGACAAACAAACAAAUGUAGCUGCAAAUUCAUAAGAAAACCUGACAAGCACUGGGCUACUCAGAGGUGUUAUUUUGCCAUCAUACACAGACACAUUAAAAGCAGCAGUGCACGUGCCAUGCAUAUUACUGUGCACGUUUGUGCUCAACUGUGAAACUGCAAUGAGUUUCAUGGUCGACACCUCAAGGCCCAUUGAAAGCCAUUAAAAAAGCCAUUCACUCCACCCAUCAUCACACAAACAGCACUAACGACGCUGCUAAUAGUCCUCCAAGUGUACCACGAAGAGGUCCGAGAGGAGAACGACCGUUUUACCUUGUAAAAACAGCUGACAUUCAAGUCACUGACAAGCAGUCAGUGGGGAAAUGAGUCUCCUAUCAAUCACACUUCCCCAUUCAUAUGUAGAAAGUGGUAUUUGCUUCAAAGCCACUCCAAAUAAAGCCGAGAAUAGGGUCUAACAUGUAAGCACAGUGACAGACAGAUAUCUGUAUCACCUCAGUCUGUCUUCCAGUAAACAGGCUGAAACUAGCAACCAGUAAGCUGAGAUAUUUACAAAACUGUGCGUCACUGACAUUUUAAGAUGUAUAAAUGUAAUAAUCAGAAUCAGAAUAAUAAAACAUUUAAAGUAUUAGUGAUUGCCUUGAAUAUAUAAAUGGUACGAUGCCAUAGCAGGAAAUACAAACCUGUCCUUUGAAAAGUAGCGGCCAUAGCUGCCUCUAGUUUUGCUGCAUUAAGAGUCGAAGUGCAAAUGACCAGAAGACCCCAAUAAACAAUAUAUAUCAUCAGAUUAUCACAAUAAGGGCUGGGCCAUAUCAUACCGUUCACGAUAAUACCGGUAUAAUGUUGGGCAACGAUAAGA